AGGCGCCGCUGAGCGCACUCAGGAAGCCGACCGAACGGCUUGUUUAAGUCCAUCAACCACCCCACAGGCUUUCCUUCCGGCUAGCGAAUCUAUGACACUCACGAAGCUUCCUCUAUGGUGCAUCACGUGGCCACGAGAGAACAAUUACUUCCUUUUUCCGGUGCCCUUGGGAUUGCGUUUGAAGAAAAAAGGAGCAGGAGGAAGAGGUCUGAGGUGAAAAGAUCUCCAAGAUGCUUCGCAAGGUUUUGGCUCUUCGAAGUAUUUCCCAGCGAACCAUAAGUACUGCCUCACGCAGGCAGAUUCAAAAUAAGGUUCCAGAAUACCAGAAACUUUUCCAGGAAGAUAAUGGCCUUCCAGUGUACCUCAAAGGUGGAAUAACAGAUGCACUGCUGUAUCGAUUAACUAUGAGUCUUUCUGUUUUUGGAACAGGCUACCUCUUGUAUCUCCUCUAUGUGGCUUCUAUGCCCAAGAAAUAAAAAUGACUCCAGUUAACAGAGUGCUCCUUGGAGUAACUUUGCUCUCUCCCAUUCCAUAACAUUCUUCAGGGACCUUCUUUGUCCUUGUCCUAUAUGACUGUGUCUGGGAUCAAUAUUUAUUGAGUUGUACUAUUGAAAGCCUCAAUCAAUAAAGCAGUUUUACGUGGCUCGA